AUGUGGAUGUACGUGAAAAACGCAUCGGGUCCUCUGCGGGCGGCGAUCGUUUCCAAUCACGAACUGCACGAUUUCGUGCGGAAAGAACGGGGCCAGCCGCUCGACGAGGAGCACGUCGACGAGGACAACAUCGACUACACGGGCAGCGAUCUGUUCAUGAUGAAUCCGACGGCGCCGUCGUCUUCCUGUUCUGGAGAGUACGGAACGUCGGCCGGCGAUCGGAGGACACUGGCCGACGAGAUUUACGAGCGAGGGCACCAGCAAAAGAGAGGAAGUGAGGCAUUUUUCAAGGGGAAUUUGUCUCACUAGGGAACUAGAAUUUCAUAGGGUGAAAGAUCUCUACGAGAGGAUUCGAAACGUGUUCUUCGGUAUUGCUGCCGUCCUCUGAAACUUGAGAUAAACUCAUCUGAUUUUACGCUAUUUCCGCAUGAGUCGCAGAUGUCAACACAAAAAUUGAAGAACACGUUUGAAAUCCUCUCGUUGAGAUCAUUCGAUCCAAGCAAGUCUAGUUCCGAAAGACCAACAUCUCUAUGACUUAGUUGGUGUUACAUAGGAUUCUAACUUUUGGCCGAUUAUGAUAAGUAAUGUAAAAGCAAGAUUUUGUUCUUCAUUUUGCAGGGUUCAGUGCGCCGCUGCCGCCCGUCAAACCGCUGGAUCCGCCGCCGGCCAACCACGACUACGUGUUCGCGACGCAAUUCGACGACGACCGAGCCGACUCGAUUCUCGAUUUGUACGGAGACUGAUCUCUCUAUUUUUUGCACACUUUUUUUUUCCAAUUUUACAGGCUAUUUGCGAUUUUAUAGCUCUUGCAUCCAUUUUGAAGGUUGAUUCCUGUAUUCUUUCCUUUUCUGACCGGGAAUUGGGAUCUUUUUCACGUGUUCAUUUUUCCUGUUCGUAUUCACAUUCUUUGCCAUUUUCUACAUCCAAAUUUUACAAUUUUACGCGUUUUAUUAACUUUUUUGGCAAUUUUGCUCUAAAUAGAUCACUUUAUUGUAGAUGUUGCGGUAACUAUCCAUAGAUUUAUCUAAUGUUUUCGAAAAUUGUGGGAAAAGUUGUUUUUAGAUGGCUCAGGGCCUUUUGUCGGCCGUUUUGUACGUUGAAGACGUGCUGCGGAAGGAGAAUGUGAGCGAGGAGGAAAACGAAAAUGUGAAAAUGUAUUUGGAUGGGAAAUUUCCGGCGCAGCACAGAAAUGUAAGCGUUUUCUGGCAUUUUCGAGUCCAAGAAUGAGUUUUUGCAGAAAAAAUUCGAAAGAAUGGAGGAAAUUGGCGAAGGCGUGAAUUUGCUCGUAAAAUUCGCCGGAUUUGAAGGUUUUGAUUGGGAAAUUCGGGCGAAGAGUCGGAUAAUAUUGUAGAGGCGGAAGAGAGGGCGAUUGAGAAGCUGAAGGAGCUCUUUCUGUGCCUGUUCGUCACUUCCGGUCGAAGGAUGGCGACGAUCGAACGGCGCAAAAGGGACCGGCUCGAGAUUCCGUUCAAAGUACAGAAAAAGUGGAGAAUCCUCGGAGAAACCUUUUUGUUUCCAGAACGCACUUCCGUGGACCCUCAGUCUGCUCGGAAUUUCGGCGCUGAAGGAUCUGAGGACGUGGUACGACUGCACUUAUCAUCAGAGAUUCGAGGAAUUGCGACAAAAGUACGGGAAGCCGGCCGGUGCACCAAGUUCCGAAGAACCGCCCGAAAAGCGACAGACACCUUCUGAUAACUGACCUUUUUUCUGUGAAUUUCGUAACACUCUAGUCCGCCAUCGAAUCGCUUUUUAUCAUGUGACUAACCAUUUGUCGAUUUUACCCGAUCUCGCCAUUCAAAAUCGGUCUUUUUUUUGCUAUUUCUCCUCAUUCUUUAAAGUUUUUGUUUGUGCUCAUGGCUUUGGCUACCAGUCCAACGAGUUGUUUCGAAAAUAUUUCGCAAUCGAAUUUUCUACAACUUGUACACUAUUAUCGAUCAUUAGUCGUUGGAAUUUAACAGAAUUUCAGUAGACAAAUGGCGGAGGAUCCGGUAAAUUCGAUAUUUUUCGAGCGCCAACAGGCUGCCCUUUGUGCCCAGCACGCACUCAACAUGCUCCUCCAGGACGCGCUUUUCACCUACGAGGAUUUGAGUGUUUUGGCGCGGCAAAUGGAUCAGAUGGAGCACGAUAUUCUCGGAAAUGUACGUACCGAGUUGCUGCGGUCCCGUCAGACCGAAUUUUAAAAAUUACUACCGGCCUACUUUUGCCACUUACAAUUGUCCGAUUGGACCCAAAGUUUGCAGGCUUUCAAGACUUGGAUUGAAGUAUUUUGGGACCAAGUUUCAGACCGAUCCGGUAAUCUGGUCCCGAGAUUUACUGGUUUGAAGGUUUCUGCGAAGCCCGCAUUUUCAGGCUUCAAAUCAAUAUAUCUCCGGACCAGAUAAUCCGAUCGGUCUGAAACUUAUACCAGUUUUCUUCAAUCCAAGUCCAAGAAACCUGCAAAGUUUGGCUCCCAUCGGAAUAUUGCAAGUGGGUCAAAAGUCCCUGCUUUUGAAGAAUUCUUGAGCAAAAAAACUAAAAAUAAAACGAUUCUUGAAAAAAAACUGUUCUACAGAACGCGAACGCAAUGGGCCGCAGCGAGAACAUGAACGACAGCGGAUUCUUCUCGAUUCAAGUCAUCGACAAAGCGUUGGAGACGUUCUCGCUCAAACUGAUCAACAUUGAGAAUCCGACGAUGAUCGAGUUCAAAACUAAUCCACUGUCAGUUUUUGUAGCAAACAAUUCCACCUAGAUAGCAUUUUUUAACAUUCUUGUUCUAGGAGUCUAAAAUCGGGUCUGCCAAGUUGAAAAAAACUGAAAUUUCACCGUGAAAGUCCAAUUUUCAAUAUGUUUCACUUCAGAACCGCCCGUGCGUACGUCUGCAAUCUCCGCGAGCACUGGUUCGUUCUGCGCAAGUUCGGAAAUCAGUGGUUCGAGUUGAAUUCGAUCAACCACGGUCCCAAAUUGCUCACCGACACCUAUCUGACUCUCUUUUUGCAUCAACUGUCCGCCGAAGGUUUGUCACCGUUCAAAAAGUGACUUUUUACUCGUUUUCCCCAAAAAAUUGAAGAAAGAAUAUUUUUGCAGGAUACACAAUAUUCGUGGUGCAGGGAAUCCUGCCGUCUUCCUACGCCGACGAGCUGAUCACUUUAUGUCCGGUGGAGGCGAAGCAGCCGAAAAAAGAGCAAAAGGAGCCGAAUAUGGUGCAGAAGUUCUUCAAUUCGGUCGGACGCCGACUCGGCUCCAACGCAGAGAGUUCCGUUUUUUCCCAAACUUUUUAAAGCAAAGACUGACAAUUUUAACAGCAGAAAGUCGCAUGUCAAGCAAAACAUGGAGAAAAAGAGCAGCAUCUAAUGCAAAAAUCCCAACAAAAAAACGCUCCCAAAAUUGCAGGUGAUUCGCAAGAGGACCGUGAGCUGGCGAUCGCGAUGGCAAUGUCGAUGGAACCAUCGGGAGAGGCGGUCGAAACUGAAGAGGACCUGCUGAAAAGAGCCAUCGAAAUGAGUUUGGGGCGGGAAGACGCUCUUGAUCCCGCUGGAUCAUCUGGUCCCUCUGGAUCAUCUGGUCCCUCUGGAUCAGUGGUCCCAGUCGUGGAGACGCCGAUUCUGAGCACCGGAUCCUCGGAGGAAAGCUCCAGAGGAAGCACGCCGAGUUUGGAGCAGCAACGACGCGAUCGCGAGAAGUUUCUUGAGAGGAUCGAGAAGAGAAAUCAAUGA